AUGCCCGAGGGCGCCCGGCGGGAGCCGAGCGGAGGCGCGCGCGGCGGGGAGCGGCCCCUCCCGGCCGGGCCGCGGGACGGGGGCCGGCGCCGCGCUGGGCACGAUGGAGCUGGGGGCCGGGCCCGCCCUGCCCCGCGGCCGGCGGCCCCCGGGCCGGGGCGCGCGCGGGCGGCGGGCGCCGGCGGGGGCGCCUCCUCCUGGCUGCUGGACGGGCGCCGCGGGCUGCUGUGCUAUGGCUUCCUCUACCUGGCGCUCUACGCGCAGGUGUCCCAGUCGAAGCCCUGCGAGAGGACCGGCUCCUGCUUCUCGGGCCGCUGUGUCAACUCCACCUGCCUCUGCGACCCGGGCUGGGUGGGGGACCAGUGCCAGCACUGCCAGGGCAGGUUCAAGUUAACAGAACCUUCAGGAUAUUUAACAGAUGGUCCAAUUAACUAUAAAUAUAAAACAAAAUGUACAUGGCUAAUUGAAGGCUAUCCAAAUGCAGUGUUAAGAUUGAGAUUCAAUCAUUUCGCCACAGAAUGUAGCUGGGAUCACAUGUAUGUUUAUGAUGGAGAUUCAAUAUAUGCACCUUUAAUAGCUGUGCUUAGUGGUUUGAUAGUCCCUGAAAUCAGGGGAAAUGAAACUGUGCCUGAAGUUGUCACAACGUCUGGCUAUGCACUGUUACAUUUUUUUAGUGAUGCUGCCUAUAAUCUAACUGGUUUCAACAUUUUUUAUUCAAUCAACUCUUGUCCUAACAAUUGCUCUGGGCAUGGGAAAUGUACAACUAGUAUCUCUGUUCCAAGUCAAGUAUAUUGUGAAUGUGAUAAAUACUGGAAGGGCGAGGCGUGUGACAUCCCUUACUGUAAAGCCAACUGUGGCAGCCCAGACCAUGGCUACUGUGACCUCACGGGAGAGAAAUUGUGUGUCUGCAAUGAUAGUUGGCAAGGUCCUGAUUGUUCUUUGAAUGUUCCUUCUACUGAGUCUUACUGGAUUCUGCCAAAUGUUAAACCCUUCAGUCCUUCUGUAGGUCGGGCUUCCCAUAAAGCAGUUUUACAUGGGAAAUUCAUGUGGGUGAUUGGUGGAUAUACUUUUAACUAUAGUUCUUUUCAAAUGGUCCUGAAUUACAAUUUAGAAAGCAGUAUAUGGAAUGUAGGAACUCUGUCAAGGGGACCUCUCCAGAGAUAUGGACACUCUCUUGCUUUAUAUCAGGAAAACAUCUUUAUGUAUGGAGGCAGAAUUGAGACAAAUGAUGGCAAUGUCACGGAUGAAUUAUGGGUUUUUAACAUACACAGCCAGUCUUGGAGCACAAAAACACCCACUGUUCUUGGGCACGGGCAGCAGUACGCUGUGGAGGGGCAUUCGGCCCACAUUAUGGAGUUGGAUAGUAGAGACGUUGUCAUGAUCAUAAUAUUUGGAUAUUCUGCAAUAUAUGGGUAUACCAGCAGCAUCCAGGAGUACCAUAUCUCAUCAAACACUUGGCUUGUUCCAGAAACUAAAGGAGCUAUUGUGCAAGGUGGAUAUGGCCAUACCAGUGUGUAUGAUGAAAUAACUAAGUCAAUUUAUGUUCAUGGAGGCUAUAAAGCAUUACCUGGCAAUAAAUAUGGAUUGGUAGAUGAUCUUUAUAAGUAUGAAGUUAACACUAAGACUUGGACUAUUUUGAAAGAAAGUGGGUUUGCCAGAUACCUUCACUCAGCUGUUCUUAUCAAUGGAGCUAUGCUUAUUUUUGGAGGAAAUACCCAUAAUGACACUUCCUUGAGUAAUGGUGCGAAAUGUUUUUCUGCCGAUUUCCUGGCAUAUGAUAUAGCUUGUGAUGAAUGGAAAAUAUUACCAAAGCCAAAUCUUCACAGAGAUGUCAACAGAUUUGGGCACUCUGCAGUUGUUAUUAAUGGGUCCAUGUAUAUAUUUGGUGGAUUUUCUAGUGUACUCCUUAAUGAUAUCCUUGUAUACAAGCCUCCAAAUUGCAAAGCUUUCAGAGAUGAGGAACUUUGUAAGAAUGCCGGUCCAGGAAUAAAAUGCAUUUGGAAUAAAAAUCACUGUGAAUCUUGGGAAUCUGGGAAUACUAAUAACAUUCUUAGAGCAAAGUGUCCUCCUAAAACAGCUGCAUCUGAUGACAGGUGUUACAGGUAUGCGGAUUGUGCCAGCUGCACUGCCAAUACCAAUGGGUGCCAGUGGUGUGAUGACAAGAAAUGCAUUUCAGCAAAUAGUAACUGCAGUAUGUCCGUGAAAAACUAUACCAAAUGUCAUGUGCGGAGCGAGCAGAUUUGUAACAAGCUUACUAGCUGUAAGAGCUGUUCGCUGAACUUGAAUUGCCAGUGGGAUCAACGACAACAAGAAUGCCAGGCUUUACCAGCUCAUCUCUGUGGAGAAGGAUGGAAUCAUAUUGGGGAUGCUUGUCUUAGACUCAAUUCCAGUAGAGAAAGCUAUGAUAAUGCAAAACUUUAUUGCUAUAAUCUCAGUGGUAAUCUUGCUUCAUUAACAACCUCAAAAGAAGUAGAAUUUGUUCUGGAUGAAAUACAGAAGUAUACACAGCAGAAAGUAUCACCUUGGGUCGGCUUGCGCAAGAUCAACAUAUCCUACUGGGGAUGGGAAGACAUGUCUCCCUUUACAAACACAACACUGCAGUGGCUUCCUGGUGAACCAAAUGAUUCUGGGUUCUGUGCAUAUCUAGAAAGGGCUGCAGUAGCAGGUUUAAAGGCUAACCCUUGUACAUCUAUGGCAGAUGGCCUUGUCUGUGAAAAACCUGUCGUUAGUCCAAACCAGAAUGCAAGGCCAUGCAAGAAGCCGUGCUCCCUGAGAACGUCGUGCGCCAACUGCACGAGCAACGGCAUGGAGUGCAUGUGGUGCAGCAGCACCCGGCGCUGCGUUGACUCCAACGCCUACAUCAUCUCUUUUCCGUAUGGACAGUGUCUGGAGUGGCAGACGGCCACCUGCUCCCCUCAAAAUUGUUCUGGACUGAGAACCUGUGGACAAUGUUUGGAACAGCCUGGAUGUGGCUGGUGCAAUGACCCUAGUAAUACAGGAAGAGGACACUGCAUUGAAGGCUCUUCGCGGGGACCAGUGAAGCUUGUUGGAAUGCAUAAUAAUGAGAUGGUUCUCGACACCAGUCUUUGUCCUAAAGAAAAGAACUAUGAGUGGUCCUUUAUCCAGUGUCCAGCUUGCCAGUGUAACGGACAUAGCACUUGCAUCAAUAAUAAUGUGUGCGAACAAUGUAAGAAUCUCACCACAGGGAAGCAGUGUCAAGACUGCAUGCCAGGUUAUUAUGGAGACCCAACCAACGGAGGACAGUGUACAGCCUGUACAUGCAGUGGCCAUGCAAAUAUUUGUCAUAUGCACACAGGAAAAUGUUUCUGCACGACUAAAGGAAUAAAAGGUGAUCAAUGCCAAUUAUGUGACUCUGAAAAUCGCUAUGUUGGCAAUCCACUUAGAGGAACAUGUUAUUACAGCCUUUUGAUUGACUAUCAGUUUACAUUCAGCUUGUUACAGGAAGAUGAUCGUCAUCAUACUGCCAUAAACUUCAUAGCAAACCCAGAGCAGUCAAACAAAAAUUUGGAUAUUUCAAUCAACGCAUCAAACAACUUUAAUCUCAACAUUACAUGGUCAGUUGGUUCAACAGCUGGAACAAUAUCUGGGGAAGAGACUCCUAUAGUUUCCAAGACUAAUGUAAAGGAAUACAGAGAUAGUUUUUCCUAUGAAAAAUUUAACUUUAGAAGCAAUCCUAACAUUACAUUCUAUGUCUACGUCAGCAACUUUUCCUGGCCUAUUAAAAUACAGAUUGCAUUCUCACAACACAAUACAAUCAUGGAUCUUGUGCAGUUUUUUGUCACCUUCUUCAGUUGUUUUUUAUCCUUAUUACUGGUGGCUGCUGUGGUGUGGAAGAUCAAGCAAACCUGCUGGGCUUCUCGGCGGAGAGAGCAACUGCUUCGAGAACGACAGCAGAUGGCCAGCCGUCCCUUUGCUUCUGUUGAUGUAGCACUGGAAGUGGGAGCUGAACAAACAGACUUUCUGCGAGGGCCAUUAGAGGGAGCCCCUAAACCCAUAGCCAUUGAACCCUGUGCCGGGAACAGAGCCGCUGUUUUGACUGUGUUUCUUUGUCUCCCGAGAGGACCAUCAGGUGCCCCUCCACCUGGGCAGUCAGGUCUUGCAAUAGCCAGUGCCCUAAUAGAUAUUUCACAACAGAAGCCUUCAGAUAGUAAAGAGAAGGCUUCAGGAGUGAGAAAUCGAAAGCACCACCUCUCAACACGUCAAGGAACUUGUGUCUGAGGAUAUUCCGUGUGUUUGACUUUGUAAAUGGCUUCCUGAAGAUGGUUCAUGGCCUCAGCUCUGAGGGAGACAAGUCUCCUUGGUCCCAGGGCCCAAGUACAGUUCCCUCCAAAUGGGCAAGUGACCCAAGUGGCCAAAGAAUGUUCGUGAAUUUUAUAAAAGUUACAGUGUUGAUUGAUGGUCGCAGGCCAUAAUGUCAGUUUUGACGACUAUCUUAGGCUUAUCGUAGAUAACGUUAAAAUACUCUGGAAAAAAAUGUAUAUUGUUUCUUAAUGCAGAUGAAAAAUAUGUAAUUCAUAUAAACCAAACUGUUUAUAUCCCCAGACUUUAAAGAAAGACAUUUUAUAAUGCCUGAAUGAUGAGACUUGUACAGUUUUUGCCUCCUACGUAAACUUAAAUACUUGUAUAUGAACAGGCGACAAAUUGCAAUGACUUUAAAUGCUGUUUUAUCUCACUGUAAAUGUAAAAGCAAGAUUUUGAUUUAAUAGGAUGUAUUUCAAUAUUGCACAUGACUAUAUCAUGGCCAAACUUUUGUUCAAUAGGACAAGUUUGAGAGUGUGACAGUUUUCCACCUAACUGGAAUGCAGACCAAAAUGAGCCCAUUGGAUGAAUGGAUGGUGCAACUUCCCAGGAGGGGUAUUAGAAUUCUGAGUGAAGAGGACAUUCCUGUCACCCAUGCCAACUACCUUACUCAUUAUCACAGCUGAUAGAGCAUGGAAAAGCCUGUCCAGCCAUCAGGUUUCCCCUUCCUUCCAAAAACCAGCCUCUGAUACCACAACGCGCAAAGAACUGAAAUGUUAUUUUACAGUGUGCAAACUUCUCCUCCAACAUGGUAAUUUUUAAUUGCCUCGGAAUCAUUGGAUCAGACCUGAACGAUCCAUCUGCAUUCUUAAAAGAACAGAUCGACUUAUUUCGACCUUCCUCUGCAAGCUGCUAGGUUAUAUCUACCUUUUACAAAUGCUAUGAGAAGUGUUUCAGAGACAUCGCCUCCCAAAUUAUUAUAUAACAGGUACCUUCCUGCCAACUCCUUCUCUUGGAAUAGAGAAGAGCAUUUACUGGCAAGCAUCUCCGGUAUUCUUAUUUCUAACAUGAACACAUCGGCAUCAAAGAAAGUCUCCAGUUUAAAAAUAAAUGUAGUUGUUGCCUGCAUUCAUCAUAUUCUUAAUUCAAAAAUCUGAAUUAGGGCAGAAAAGGAAAAGGAUAGAAAACAGCCUCCACACUGAAACACGGAAUCACUUGUGUCCUCAUGUUGACAGCAGUUCACUAGAGCUGAGUAGCAGUAACAAGUCUUGUUUGGAAUUUAGUUUCUUAAUUUCAAGGUCACUACAAGGAUAUGCGUAGAGAGCAGCGACCGAGUUAUCCCAAACUGCUGUAUUCGAUACACUUUUGUUCAAUAUGACAGUCAUUUAAAUAUAAUUGAUGUUUAGUACUAUAUAUGUACUUUCCAUGUUCUCUGGAUUUCUGGAAGGUGAUGACACUUUACUGUUUACAGCUAACGCAUAGUUUCGUGCAUGCUGCAGUCGUGCGGUAGCAGGAUCCAACUCUUGUGAUAGUAAAUGUUAAUUUCAUGAUGCCACUUAUACAUAGGCAGCUUAAUUUGAGGAGGAUGGAAUGUAAUAUAUAACAGGAAUGAUCAUACACUAUGUAGUUGCAUCGUAUAUAAGAUUGCUAGGUUGCAUCUAAUCGCGACUAUGUCAUUGUUUUGAUAAUUAGGCACUUAUGAAUUAGAGUACUUAUUCCUUAUGUUGGCAUGAUAAUUUUGCUAUUUUCCAUGCGUUAAAAAUAAGGCGAAUUCUUAGAGUGAUUUUUAUCUAUAGCCUGUGGGUUCUUUGGGAUAAUGGAGCUGGCUGUUUUUUCCUCCUUUGAUAUUUUUUCUCUCAAAAAAAAAAAUGAACGAAGUUUGUAAAUAUCUACUAAAAACAAUCAAGUCAUUUUAUUAGGUUCUUUUUUUUGGACCCCUUACAUGUUGAUUUUUCUCCUGGAAAAAUAAAUCGACAAAACUGAUGAUGAUAAAAAUAUAAUCAUUUAAAAAAAUAAAAUGAUUGCCCGAUUUGUUUAAUUCUCUAACAGUUGUCAGGAGAGAACGUUUACAUAACAAAAAUACAGCCCAUGUAGCAUUGUUUGUAAAAUCCACUUCAGUUAUAUUUUUAGAGAAGCUAAGAAAACCAUAUUGCUGCGAAAGCAUUCUCAGACUUCAUCCACCUCAAAUCCCAUUGGCUUCUUUUAAGUUAAAAAUCUGAGUUUUAGUGAAUGAUGGGAUAUAAGGCAAUGUUAAGUUAAAGUCAUACUCUACCUUUCUGGGCCAAAUAUAGCUAACUCCGUGAUAAUUAUGCACUGUCUUCUUGACUUAUCAAAGCUUUUAACUCGCAAUACUACUCUUCACCCUCAGGUAAAGUGGAUUGAAAAGACCGUAGGGAUAAUUACUUUCAAUCUGUCACUUUCCUUUUCCCUACAUCCCAAACACUUCAACUUUGGAUGCUUCCUUUUUUUUUUUUUAAUCAAAUCACAAGUAAAUAAGCGUCUUUUCUCCAUGAAGUUACACUAAAAUGACUGAUUCUCUUGAAAAUUUCUCAUAAUGAAAUUCUAUACAUUUCAGUUUAGAAUGACUUUGAAACAAUCUUUAGAUUUCAGGAUUUCUAUUCAUUCAAGUAUGAAAAGUUUUGGUUAAAUAGAAUGGUAUUUUAAAAAUUAGCCUGGGGACAACACUAUUUGGACAACUAGAGAAUUCUUGUUGAAAGAGAUGCACAUGCUUGCAGCUUGGCCUAGUAAAUUUUAAGAGGAUUGGGAUUCUCAAAAUUGCUUUUCAAUGAAAACCUACCGUACUAUACACAUAGAAAGAAAAUGUAUGUUAUAUACCAUAGUAUUAUGUUUAAUAGGAAAACUUGAAAUAGGAUGUUUAAAUGUGCAGUCAGUACUUGCUACACUGCCUAAUGUCUCAUUUUCUUUGGAUUCCAGUUAGAAGUGACUGGCCCUUGACCAGUGUCGUUUAGCAUGUGGGCCGGUGGGUGGGCCUGAGGACAGACUUUGGAACCAGGUUUGGGCUGUUUCUGGGCAACUCUGAAGCAUUUGAAGCCUCAGAUCUUCCACCAAUGAGGAUAGGAUACCACCUUGCAGAGCUGCCAUGAGGCUAAAAGAUAACGGAUGAACUGGUCUCAAGGCUGUGUAGCUGUGGUGACAAUCAUGGCCCCGUCUCUUUUUUGUUACCAAUUGUUCUAUGAACUCAUCUAUUCAUUUCUCAUUUUUUGCCAUAGGUAAAAGCCAGGUAGGUUUUCCAAAUGAAGAUUUUAUGAAAAUCUUGACAAAGUUCCUGUAUGUCUAGGAUAUAGAUAUUUCUUUAAAAAAAAGAAAAACCUACUUUGAUUUAUUUGGGUUGAUAUAUAGGGGCUGUGACUCUUUCAAAAUAGACACAGUUUAUUUAUUUACUUUGUUUUUACUGCUUCGUGACAUUUAAUCAGGAACCUUAUUGUCCCUUUCACAUUCAAAUCAAGCAAGAAGGGCUCAAUCCUUCCAUCUAGUUCUUAAUCAUGCUCCAUCUUUUUUCAUUUAACCUAAAAGUAGGCUCUGAAAAGUGUUUUGUAUAAAGGGUUUUUAAAAAUUAAAGUGAUGCAGUGAACUAAUUCUGCCCACAUUUAAAAGUCAUCAACUUCCAAAGUCCAUUUGCCAUUUUACCAGGGUGUUUGUAGCUUAGUUGAUCAUCAGAAUUACCAGCUUAGUGCAGGUUUCCACUGUCACCUCUGGAGAUGAAGAUUCAGAAGCACCUGGAUUAGAUUCCUGUGUUUCAUAAACACCGCAGUGAGUCUUAGGAUUCAGCAAAUUUGGGAAACCAAGCUGGAUCAAAGAGUUGCCUUUAUCUACAGUUAGAAGAAUGUCUUCAAAUAAUAAGGUUAUCACUAAUUCAAAAUGCUUUGGACAGUUUUCCAAGGAAUACAAGCCAUCUGGUUGGUGUUACAGUAGCGUUGUCAUCAGUGUACUUAGAACAUGUUAGUUUUAUCAAGUUUUUUAAAUGAAGAGGAGAACCUUAUCAGUAUAUAUGUAUACAGGUGUGCGCGCCAGUGUUAAAACAGAUUGUGUAAAAGUUCAACCCUGCUUUAAAAAGUCAACAUUUUAUGAUAGAGUGUGCUAUUCAUCAAGGAUUUAAUUACUGAAAUAAAAACAUCGAAUCUUUCAACAUCCACUGCCAAAUGCAGUUCUGUUACUUUUUUUUUCUUUACCCUUUUAAGAUCACAGUGGAAAAAGCCCCCAACACCUGGUAGAAACCUCCCCCAUCUAAAACUUGGUGAUAAAAUUUGUGUUAUUGAAUUUCAAAUUCAGAAUACAUUUUUUUUCUUUCUCACUUCACCCGAUAAAAAUAAAUUAUUGGCCUUUUCUACGCAUCCUCUUUGAAUGGCAUGCUAGGAGCUUGGAACAUUCCUGAGAAUGGAAGACAAAUCCCCCAAGAACAUCAGUGGCCCGGAUUCCAGCUAUCACUGAGGGUCUCUGCCCAGUCUGUGUGGUGUAUUUAUGUAAAUUGCUCUCCAUGCAAUAACAGUCCUAUUUCUGAGCCUGGUGCAGCUGUGGUCUAGCAGAGGAAUAGUCUGAGAAGUCUGCUUGUUUUGGGGCAAGCUGGGAGGAUUGGUCCCAUGUUGCUCUCUGAAUCCCAGCCUAUGUCAGUGUUUCUAAUGCGGCUCAGUCAAGUGUUAGUGAGAAGGCGCAGCCAAAGAGGAUCUAGAAGCCUUUAUUCCUCCAGCCCCCCAGAAGGACCACACACUGUGACCUCUCUGGAGCUUAGGGCAAAGGUAGGCCCUCCUGACCUGAGGUCUCAACUGAGGUCAGCCCUACCUGUGCUCUCAGGGACAGAAUGGUGAUCCCCAACCAUUCCUCUGGCACACCUCAGAGAGGUCACAGCCAAAAAAGAUGCCGGGAUCAGUCAGUGGAUUGGCCCACUUUACUUUGAGAAACAUGCCCAGCCUGACUGGCAACUCCCAGUAGCUUUCAGAAAGAGGGAGGGAGAUCAUGUGGACAGGGCGCUGAUGAUGAUGUGUGUGAAGAAGGUAGAGCUUAGAGUUAAAUCCUGGGGUCCCUUUCUCUUACAACAAAAAGCACUGCUUCUGUACCUUUUUGAUGGUGGAUCAGUUGCUAUCAGGAAAUCUGAAUAUUUCUGCUCAAAACUGACUUUUCUGCAUCCUGAAGAGGUCUUCCCAUAGAAAUCACCUGUGAGCAGCCCAGGCCGGGGAAGACAUCCUUUCAGCUUUAAGUGUUGGCUCUUUCUGAUAAACAGGCAACUCCCCCUCCAAAUUCUGAUGUGAUUCCCUACUUGUUUAGCAUUAUAGUGCCUGACAUAGUCAUAGCAAGUGAAAUUAUGUUGGACUUUAAACAGCAAGUAGUAGUAUAUCACUUCCUAAGUAUGAAACUAUAACAUCACUUUGGAUGAGCUUUGCUAAAGUGCAUCCCUCCCUUAGUAAAGUAGUCCUAAUUGUUCAGAAACCAGCCCCGACAAAGACAGCUGCAGAAACACUCUUCCACACACCAUCAAAAUGUUUGACCAAUUUUAUUUUUGGCAGAAGUGAAAUUUUCCCUCCAGCAGGAUAGCUGCUUGUGCAUAAGCUUCUCUAAACUGGCUGUGUGCGUGGUUAGAUAUGAGAUCCCUGCUCCAGAAAAUCCACCCAGGAAAAUAGUAUUAGUGAGCAAAUUCUUGGAACAGUACUUUGUGCCUCUGCAGCCCCUGUUGCUGAAAAAUAUUUUAAAUUUGGUGCUUUCCUGUGAUAUAUAAGUUCCCUUAGAACAGGUCAUGGGUAAGGAUACACUUGAGUUUUAGUAUGAACUCAAAGCCAUUUUUUUUUUUUAAUUCAUUAGGUGAGUUGUCUAAACCAUUGCUAGGUAAACUGGGAUAAAAAUGGUCACUGACCGGGUCUCCACUGGUGGCGCAGCAGUUGAGCGCUGGGCUGCAAGGCUGCCCACAGCCUCUGCAGCGCCAGUUCGAUCCCCGGCUGCCGGCAAGGGUCCCACACGCCUGCUGCUCCCCUCAGCAGUGUAUUUCAUCAGUCUGCCUGUUCUGUUCCCCGCUUUGGCUCUGGUGAGUUCUCUCGCCCUCCCGCGCCCAGUGCUUGUGUAGAUACAUAAAUAAAUCUUUAAAAAAAAAAAAUGGUCACUGACCUCACCUCGGUUUUAUGAGGGGUUUUCCUUGUUGAAAUGGGAAGUAGAUGUUUUCUCUUUUUACUAUGGAAAGGUUCAAGGCUAAAUUGAGUGAGUUGAACAAUUUUUCCCUAGAUUUUUGUUGUUGUUACUAUUGUUCAUGUUAACACUAAAGCCCAUAUAUGUGCCAAAGUUCUCCGAUAAUUAAAUUGCAUUUGAAACAAAAUGUAUUACCUGGUCAUUCAGAGUUGCUCUUUUCAGGAUUUUUUACAAUGCCUGUUUCAUAUUUUAAGUGUUGCCUUCCUCUACUUUAAACAGUAAUUUUAUAGCAAAUACUAACAGAUUGUGUUGACUUUCCCUUCCACACACAUCUAUCCUGACCUUUCAUUGACUAGUCAGCUCCUUUCCCCCUGCAGCAGACUCACACUCACAUAACUCUAUCAAUGCUUUACAAAUAAAUAAAUAACAUAAAUUAGGUUUUGCACAUCUCCAUUCCCCUGGGACCAUGCACUUUGGCAGCAGUAAUCUUUCCCUUUAGUUCAGCUUGUUUGAAAUACAGUGGCACUUAAAAGGGAAGGCUGGCUGGAAGGACACCAAUAAAAACACCAACUCAGCUUAAAACAAUUUGAUUUCAACCCAAAAUGAAUUACCUUGCAAAACAAAUAGAUAAUGGCCAAUAGGAUAAGUCUACUUAUCAAGACUAUUCCCUGCUGAGAGUCAGAACUCCAGGUUCAUUUGAAGCUCAUUGCCCCGUGAGGAUAAAAGAUUAUGGUGUCCUCAAACAUUUAUGUGCAGAUGAUCUAGCUGGAGGAGGGAAUGAAUUCUGAGUAUCCUAUGCCCAAUCCUUGCUGGUUUCAGAAGUGACAGCUCCAAUUUGACCCUCCAAUGUAAAAUUCAAUCGUGUUGGCUGUUAAAAGAAAUGGCCUUUCUGUAAGUGAAAACUACCCAAUAGCAUCCUUUUGUUUCUCAGAAGGCAGUAUCUUUUCUAAACAAUAUCCAGAAAGUGGUUAUGUAGUUGACAUUUUAUUAAUAGUUCUUAUUUUGAUAGUAUACAUGUACCAGGUAGGUUUUGCACAUUCAUGAAUCAGUAAUUAUUUUUUUGCCCUAAUGUGGACCAUCCAAAGAAAGCACAUAGUUUAGAACCUCUUGGGGAAAAGCAAGAACAAUUUUUCUAGUGUUGCAAAAUAUUAUAACCAUGCGUAUACCCUCCCAUACUGCAUUAAUACAGUUAAUGAGCAAUUCUCUCUCUCUCUUUUUCUCUCUCUCUCUCCAAAUUACUUUGUGUAGAUAUUCUUGAUAUUGCACUUAUGAAGUAGACUCUAAGAGAUCAUUUACAUUAUUUGCAAAAAUUAUGUCAAUAUGAAGUUUAUCACCAUAGUGGAAUGUAAGAGAGUAAUGAUUAGCAAUUCCUACAGAGUUUGAAGUCUACUAUGACUGGGCCUCCCUGGUGACAAAGGGGUUAAGUCUCUACAUUACCACCAACAUGACAUGAUUUUGAUCUCCAGCUGGGGAGCUAACCCACACGGCACAACAGACCUCUCCUGUCUUGCCCACUGCUCCCAUCAGCAGUGUAUUUCAGUCAGUCUGCCUGUUCUGUUCCCUGCUCUGUCACUAGUGAAUCCUCUCACCCCCACCCCACCCUUGCACACUGGCCCGUACCCCUUUACUAUGCAAAAAUAAAUCAAUGACUUUUGGCAUAACAUUUAAUUCCACAAUAAGUCACUCCUUUUACUAAAAAUUAAAUGCAAAUUUCUGAAAUUGGGCCGUAACCACACUAUGUCAAUCGGAAAUGGCAGCCUUGUUUGGGUAUUUUAUGCUUUAUGUUCACAGACCAGUUUGUAAACUAUACAGUGAAUCAAAAAUAUCUAAGGAAAUAUAAGUCAUGAAUGAAUUCUAUGAUUUUUUUCAAAUAUUGUUAAGACUACAUGCUCCAUGGUCAAAUAGGACUGGAAAACUAGCAUAAAACCAAGAUUCUAUCCUCAGCCGGAUGACUAAGCCUUACCAUGCUUUAUUUACACCAUGCAGAAAAAUGAGAAUACUUCUUCCUUCCUUUCUUACAGCAUGCUUGUGAGAAAUAGAGAGUUUUCAGAACCUCAGCUUCACUCCCUUACCGCUGUUACCAGGAGGCUGUCCAGAUGGCAUUGUUUAUGAUCCUCGGCUGAUUUUCUUUAUAUUGUCAUGACACCUGUGACACUUUGAUUUCCUAAUGAUAUUUCCAUAGGUUAUUAUUCAGUGUUUUCUAGAUUUUGAAGGGGAAUGGAGGCAUCCCAUCUCUCUGACCUACAGAAGCAUCAUAACCAUGGAUGUGAAAAGGGGUGAAUCAUUUCUGUGCCGUAUCACAAGUUGAGUUUCCAUUUGCAACUGCAUUUUGUGAAGUUUAACACUGGCACUUGCUGUUCCACUGCUAAAUGAUAUAGUUACUCAUCUGUAUAUAAGCAUCUGAAAUUGUAUCAGGUAAUUACAUAAAUAAAGUGUUUUACACAAAGCAUUAAAAUCUGUAUCAGAAAGAAAGAACAGCUCGCAUUAUUUCUCAAUCUUUAUUGGCAUAUGUAAACACUUUUAAAGCUCUCAACAAAAUAAUAAACUAAAACAUUUGCCUCU